GGCUGCUGUUGACUGGUGGAUUGUGGCUGGUAGAACUGGUUCUCUGCAGGGAGUUGUCUCCCAAAGCCGUGGAUGGCCCGAGCUGCGGAGCCUGGCACAGAGGAGGGCUCUGGUUUUGCACUGGUGGCACUGCUGGGCAGGGCGGCUGUGGCACACAAAUCACAGCCUGUGUCAGGUAGAUAAGGAGCCAUGUGAUGCAGCUGCUGGGGACAGGGUGGCAGGCAGGGUGAAGGUGCACAGGGAAAUAACCUUGCAGGGAGUUCCUCCUUCCCUCCCUCCGUCCUCGGGGAGCAGAAUCUCGGGGCAGCGCUGAUCCCCCCUGGCUCUGGAUGCCUGCUCGGCUUCUGGGGGCUCUCUGAAACACCCGGGAAGCGAAAAUGUCCCUUAGCAGGAGGAACUGGUCCGAUUUGUCCAGCCUGGCCAGGCAGAGGACCCUGGAGGAUGAGGAGGAGCAGCAAAGAGAGCGCCGGCGAAGGCACCGGAACCUUCUGUCCUCCACAUCCAUGGAUGAGGAACCUGCCAGCCCUGUCAAAGACACCAGCCCAGCUUCCAGCAGGCCUCCAUCCCUGGUGAAGCUGCAGUCCCUGGAGGAUGGGGAGGAGCAGAAGCUCUCAGAGGUGCUGAAGACACAAGAAGGGAGAAGGACGAGGUGGCUCCCAGGCGUGUGUGAGAAGCUGGGGCAGGAUUCGGAGCAGAAGGAGCCGGGGGUGGGAGGAGGCUGCCCCGAGCCUGGAGCGCAGCCCCGCAGGAGGGAGGAGAGCGGCCGGGCUGCAGAGCAGGGCCAGGAGCCGGCCAAGGACAGAGGGGACCCAGCAGGACACAAGAACCCAGAGCCAGCCAAGGGCAGAGGGGACCCAGCAGGAGACAAGAACCCAGAGCCAGCCAAGGGCAGAGGGGACCCAGCAGGAGACAAGAACCCAGAGCCAGCCAAGGGCAGAGGGGACCCAGCAGGACACAAGAACCCAGAGCCAGCCAAGGGCAGAGGGGACCCAGCAGGACACAAGAACCCAGAGCCAGCCAAGGGCAGAGGGGACCCAGCAGGACACAAGAACCCAGAGCCAGUCUCUGAGAGGAAGGGGAUGGUGAGGGCACGGCUCCAGGACAAGGAGCAGGGAGUGUGGACUCCUCGGGGGGAGCAGAGGAAGGAGCCGCCCGAGGUGGGGAGCUGCCAGCUGCGGGAGGUGAAGAUCCUCACCAGGGUGGGAAACCGGAGCACAGAAGAGAAAACCUCGGCUGGGACCUCAUCUCCAGAGCAGCAGCAGCCACCCAGGAACCCCUCAAAGCAGGUAAUCCUGGAGUUCCCUCCCCGAGAUGAACCUGCAGAAAAGCCAGACCCUUCUCCAACUCACAUCACCUUCAGCAGCUCCAUCCGACGGGCCAGCCCAAGAACUGUCUCCUUUAGGAUCAUCUCCAGGAAGCAGAAAGAAGAAAGCCCAAGCCCUCUCACAAGGAGUGCGAGCCUGAGGAUCCCGGGCAGCAACAGCACCAUUGGGGAGAAGCUGGAAAAAUACAACUCGGCUGUGCAGCGCUCAGAGGGGGUGAAAUCCUCCGUGCCUGUCCACAAGAGUCGCCCGCUCUCCUCGGAGGGGGUGGCGAGCAAGCGCAACUUCUUCGAGGGCAGCGCUCCCGGCAAGGCAGAGGCAGCGGUGGUGAGGAAGGACAGCCUGAAGAUCCCAGGGUCAGUGACAUCCCGCAUUAAUCUGUGGAUCAGCCGGGCUCAGGAGCCUGCCAAGGAGGAAAAUCCCAAGGAAAUCCGGAGAAUCAACAGCCUGGCAAAGAGAGAUGUCUGGAUAAAGCAGCCUGGAGACACCUCUGGGGACACCAAGCUGCAGUAAUACCAGCUGUGGUAUCAAACCAUCUGGGAAAAACUGGUUUGCUCCAAAGAUCACAGCCCAGCCCUACCCAACCGUCCAAAAGCCACUGCCACGAGUCCCCUGUGCCACGUGUGGCUGCAGGCCAGGUCAUGGGGUCCUCUGCUUGUGGGAUGGGGAGGAAGAAGCCUGGCAGAGUGUCCCUGUGCCCCCAGUCCCCACUCACUGCCUGUCUGGGGGUGUCCAGGCCACCAGGCUCCCCACAGAUGCUGAAGACAAACUCCUGCCUUGUUUGCCCACCACAUUUUGCUGUUCUGUUCCUGAUCUCUGCCCGUGCCCCAGAACUGCCCUGGCAAAGGGGAUCCCCCACACUGCCCUGGCAGCUGGAAGAUGUCAGUGGGGCGAGAACCUGCCUGGCCAAGGGAGUUCCAGCCUCACCUCCAUGGACAGUGCCCGUCCCUGCUGCCUGGGGCAGACAGUGUCACCCCCUGCCAGGCUGUCACUGCCAGGGUGACCCAAGCAGAGGAUGAUGUUCAUGAAGUCACACCAGUGCUCCGAGGUGUCCCAUGGAAGAAGGGGGAGCUUGGCCCUUCCUUCCACACACAGCUGAGCCAGAGACUGCUCCUUGUCCCCGUCCCUGCAGGCAGUGACCCCUCAUCCAGUGAUGCAGGGAGGGUGAGCUGGCCCUGGCUGUGGUCACAGCCCCGUGUGGGGCUUUUCAUGGAGCUGAGUGCCCUGUGCUGGGCCCCAUUUCCCUCCUGCCUUCCUGAGCCCUUUGCUGUGUAGCCCCUGAUCCUGCAUUCCCUGUGGAAUGUCCCCAGCAGGGACAGGGGAUGCUCUCUUCAGGCCUUUAGGGUGCCAUGGACAAAAGGCUCAAACUCUCUUAUUGGGGCCAUUCUUUGGGUUUGGGUUGUGCUUUGAGCCACCACUGAGGUGACAAAUCCAGUGUGGGAACCUGCUGCUGCCCCUGGGGCUGAUCCUGCUUGUAGGGCUUGGCAAAGGACUUGGGUUUCUCUGUGCUUUUUUUUUUUUUUCUAAUAAAAGUUUCUCUUUCUAAGACA